CUCCUUCCCUCCCUCUCCCUGCGCCCUCCCCGCUUUUCCCCUCCCUCUCCCCGGCAGCUCUCGAGCCGGUCCCUCCGCCCCGGGGCGGCUGCUGGCCGAGCCCCCUCUGCCCGGCAGCCGCGGCGAAGUUGUGCGGGGCGGCGAGGAUGGGAGCGCAUCUGCAGCCCCUCGCCCUGCGGCUGCUGGCCUUGACUUUCCCCUUGGUGGCCAAGGGUUUUCCUGACGAAACCUUGGAGAAAGCCGCGAAAUCCGAGGGAUAUUGCAGUCGGAUCCUGCGAGCCCAAGGCACCCGGAGAGAAGGAUAUAAUGAAUUUAGCCUCAGGGUGGAGGGCGAUCCGGAAUUUUACAAGCCUGGGAACAGUUACCGGGUGACACUUUCUGCUGCGACUCCUGCUUACUUUCGAGGAUUCACGUUGAUUGCUCUCAAGGAAGGAAAAGAAGGUGACAAAGAAGAAGACCAUGCAGGAAGUUUUCAGAUCAUAGAUGAAGAAGAAACACAGUUCAUGAGUAAUUGUCCUGUUGCUGUUACUGAGAGCACACCUAGAAGGAGGACACGGAUUCAAGUGUUUUGGACGGCUCCUCCUACUGGUACAGGCUGUGUAAUUCUUAAAGCCAGUAUUGUGCAGAAGCGCAUAAUUUAUUUUCAAGAUGAGGGUUCUCUCACCAAAAAAAUUUGUGAACAAGACUCAACCUCAGAAGGUGUGACUGACAAACCAAUUUUAGAUUGUUGUGCCUGUGGAACUGCUAAAUACAGGCUAACUUUUUAUGGAAACUGGUCAGAAAAGACACAUCCCAAAGAUUUUCCACGACGCACCAACCACUGGUCUGCGAUCAUUGGUGGUUCUCACUCAAAGAACUACAUCCUUUGGGAGUAUGGAGGAUAUGCUAGUGAAGGUGUUAAACAAGUUGCAGAGCUGGGGUCCCCAGUUAAGAUGGAAGAAGAAAUUCGACAACAAAGUGAUGAGGUUUUAACAGUCAUCAAGGCAAAAGCACAGUGGCCUGCCUGGCAACCUCUGAAUGUGUAA